AUUUUCAACCCGCUGAAAAACACUGUUAUGGGAUACAUACUUCUUAUGGAGGAAAUUGCUAUGCGUGCUAGCAUCGAAGAAAAAUUGACAGUUCAGCUUAUAAUUGAUGGUUUUCGCGAUCGUUCAGCCAAUAUCGCACUAUUGUACACAGCAACAACAAUCGAAAAAUUGAAGGAGUUGGCACGGAAGUAUGAAAAUCUAACAAAGAAGUCCCAACAUUUUUCCCUCCGCUCAGAAAACACUAGAAAAGAUCGGAACACAAUCCGUUGCUACAAUUGUUCCGCUUAUGGGCAUUACGCUUCGUCGUGCACUGCGCCGAAGCGCGAGAAGAAUUCCUGCUUCCGCUGUGGAUCGCUCCAGCACAUGCUAAAGGAUUGCCAACAGAAGCCAGCAAGUAACCCAAAAAUGGUGGGAGCAGCCAACAACCAGCCGAUACGGGAUGACGAAGAGGAGCCAAAUAUGUUUAUUCCGAUUAUUAACCAGCGCCAUUAAUUUAAUUCAACACGCUGCCAUUCCUUAUAAAAACAUUAGCGAUGUAUUGUUUCCGACUGACUAUUGUGGAGUUAAUGGAUUUAAGAUUAAAACUUUCGGAAAAAUA